UCUCUUUUUAGCAGCAACAUACAAGCCGGCCAUAUUAGAGAGAUGGAAAUAAAGCCUCCUUAAUGUUUUAUGUGUCUUUGAAGUACAUCCGUGCAUUUUUUUUUUUUUUAGCAUCUAACCAUUCCUCCCUUGUAGCCCUCGGCCCCUCAAAUCACCCUCUCCCAUAUCCCACCCGACUAACAUCUCAGUCUCUGAAAAUGCACAAAGAUGCCUGGCUACCUCGCCCUGCCUUCAGUCUCACGGGGCUCAGUCUCUUUUUCUCUUUGGUGCCACCAGGGUGGAGCAUGGAAGUCACAGUACCUACCAUCCUCAACGUCCUCAAUGGCUCUGAUGCCCGCCUGCCCUGCACCUUCAACUCCUGCUACACAGUGAACCACAAACAGUUCUCCCUGAACUGGACUUACCAGGAGUGUAAUAACUGCUCUGAGGAGAUGUUUCUCCAGUUCCGCAUGAAGAUCAUUAACCUGAAGCUGGAGCGUUUCCGAGACCGCGUAGAGUUCUCAGGGAACCCCAGCAAGUAUGACGUGUCAGUCACACUGAGAAACGUGCAGCUGGAGGAUGAGGGCACCUACAACUGCUACAUCAUGAACCCGCCCGAUCGCCACCGCGGCCACGGCAAGAUCUAUCUGAAGGUCCUCAUGGAAGAGCCCCCUGAGCGGGAUUCCACGGUGGCAGUGAUCGUGGGUGCCUCCGUCGGGGGCUUUCUGGCCGUGGUCAUCUUGGUGCUGAUGGUAGUAAAGUGUGUGAGGAGGAAAAAAGAGCAGAAACUGAGCACGGAUGACCUGAAGACGGAGGAGGAGGGCAAGACGGAUGGAGAGGGCAACGCGGACGAUGGCACCAAGUAACGGGCGGGCGGGCGGCCAGCCCGCAGCCCCUCCCUCGUGUCCUGUACUCCCCCCCCCACUCCGCCCCGCACACUGUGCCCCCGCCUGCCCUCUCUUGGUGUGUUUCCCUCCAGCCUGGAUCCCAGGGCUGUCCUGGGGUCUCCUGAACCCCUCCCUUCAUAUCCCGCACCCUGUACCAAGAAUGACCCACCUCUCUUUCAUUCGAGAAACCUGCCGGCGUCUGGGACGUGUGGGCCCUGGGAGGGGGGAGGGAGUGGCGCACUCAAAACUGCCGCCCCCCCACCGAGAGGAGGCGGGAGGCCUGUGUGAGGGUC